AGGAUGCGGACCGUCAUCGGUGCAUUGCUGCUUUCUGGCGUCGCCGGUCUUGCCCCCGCCCAGCAGCACAAAAAACUCAAGUUAGCAGCAGCACCUCUGCUGCCGGCCAUCCUACCGUCCGUAGCCGUGGCCGCCGCGGACAGCUACGAAUACGGAAGCGCACGACUCCAGCGUCUUCUUCACGAAAUUUCGUCGACGGUCGCGCCCGACCGGCCCCGGGCGCGACGCCCGACCGACGCCGCGGCUUCUCACAGACCAACGCGCGCAGGUCGCGGCCCCGGACUGGGUGCUGCCCGCGGGGGCGGUCCUCGCCAUCGCGACGGCGCUGCUGCCGCUCGCGCGCGCCCGUGCCUCAAUCGACCGCUUCUCGCCGCGGGCCGCCCGCGCGUCGAGAGUUGCGAUGCCCACGCAGGCCCUCAAGGACGGCGAGGAGGCGGCCGAGGAGAUCUUCCAGCAGGACGAGAGCGUCCGGUCGCUCGACUCGCGCAAGAACCGGCGCGUCUAG